AUGAAGAAAAUUCGGGUCUCUGAUUCUUCAAUUCCAUUCGAUAUCGUCUUCUCCAUGCUCAAAAUCUUACCAGCCAUAUCUCUCAUGCGAUUCAAGUGCGUCUGCAAAUCAUGGCGAGAAUUAAUCACCGACCCUCUCUUCGUCGAGGCUCACCAAACUCAUUCUCAGACUCGACCAGAAGCUACCCACCUUCUGAUUCACUGCACCAAUUCAAUGUUGAAUCAGUACAUCUUCGCUGCAAAUCACCAUGGAAAGGUUUCUUCUGAAUUUCCAACCCUUCAAUUUCGUGUUCCUGGUCCUUGUACAGAUAUUGUCAACGGGUUAAUCUGUUUCUACAGCUACGAGCACAAUCGGGUCGCUGUUCUUAAUCUCACCACUUGCGAAACAGUCACACUACCUUUGAUCAAAUCACAAAGUCAAAACCCUAAUUGUUAUAGGCCCUCGUAUAAUUUAGGGUUUGAUCCUGUCACGAGGAAAUUCAAAGUUCUAAGUUUCUGGACUGUUCGUAUCGGUGAUUCGAAGAAGGUGGAGUCUGAAAUUCUCACUCUUGGGACUAAUUCUUGGAGGAAGAUCGAUGGUCCAGUUCAUAAACUUCGUGGGAAAACUGUUUGUGUUAAUGGAGUUGUGUAUUGGAUGAACAUUUUGCCGAUGAAUUGUAAAAAAGCUAUACAAUCUUUCAAUGUUCGAGAAGAGAAAUUUCUUAUGGUUUUUAUUCCAGAUGGUGCCUCUGAGUAUAGGCAGCUAAUACAAAUUGAAGGAAAACUGGCUCUGGUGUGUUAUGAAAGUUACUAUCCUAUUAGGGUAGACCUGUGGAUAUUGGAGAAUGGUGAUCAGGGUUGGGAGAAGAAAAGUAUAGACCUUCCUGUUGAUCUGUGGGCAAAUGGGUUACGUAGUGUCAUUGGCACAACCAAUGCUGGUGAGAUUAUACUAAGAGAUCAGGAGAACUAUUCAGAUGCAUUGAAGUUAACUUGUUAUGACAUGAGGACAGGGAAAUUUAGAACAAUUGAAAUCUGCAGUCCAGUGGAGCUGGGGAAAUCUGGGGAGUAUCUUUCCAUCACCAGUCAUGUGGAGAACAUUUGGCCGUUAAAGACACCGGAAAAUUCAAAGAAGAAACGGAAAAGGGGAAGAGCUGUGUAA